UUGCUAGUUACUACUGCUUCUCUUAUCUCUCUCUCAUCACCGGUUCCAAAGCUUGUAGAUUUGGUAUAGGUCUGUUCUUGAUCUGCAACUAGCUUUUCUGUUUGCAACAAAGAACAGAAAAGAAAAAAGAUAUGGGGGAAGAGAAGCCUGAAGUUCUUGAAGCUGUUUUGAAGGAAACUGUAGAUUUGGAAAGCAUACCCAUUGAGGAGGUUUUUGAGAAUCUGAGAUGUAGUAAAGAGGGUCUUACCAACUCUGCUGCUGAAGAAAGAUUAGCCAUUUUCGGGCAUAAUAAGCUUGAGGAGAAGAGGGAGAGCAAAUUCUUGAAGUUUUUAGGGUUUAUGUGGAAUCCCUUAUCAUGGGUCAUGGAAGCUGCUGCUAUUAUGGCUAUUGCCCUUGCCAAUGGAGGAGGAAAGCCUCCUGAUUGGCAGGACUUUGUGGGUAUUAUAACUUUGCUCAUAAUCAACUCCACCAUUAGUUUUAUUGAGGAGAACAACGCCGGUAAUGCCGCGGCUGCUCUCAUGGCCCGACUUGCCCCAAAAGCCAAGAUUCUACGAGAUGGCCGAUGGAACGAAGAAGAUGCCGCCAUGUUAGUGCCUGGAGAUAUAAUUAGUAUAAAACUUGGAGAUAUUAUCCCUGCAGAUGCUCGUCUGCUCGAUGGCGAUCCUUUAAAGAUUGACCAGUCAGCUUUGACAGGUGAGUCCCUCCCAGUAACCAAAGGCCCUGGGGACGGUGUGUAUUCUGGUUCGACUUGCAAACAAGGAGAGAUUGAGGCGGUUGUGAUCGCCACUGGGGUUCAUACGUUCUUCGGAAAGGCUGCUCAUCUUGUCGACAGCACAAACCAAGUUGGUCACUUUCAAAAGGUCUUGACGGCAAUCGGGAAUUUCUGCAUUUGUUCUAUUGCCAUCGGAAUGGUGAUAGAGAUUAUUGUAAUGUUUCCAAUUCAAGAUCGUCAAUAUAGGCCAGGAAUCGAUAAUCUUCUUGUGCUCCUUAUCGGAGGAAUCCCCAUUGCGAUGCCCACGGUUCUUUCUGUAACAAUGGCCAUCGGAUCUCAUCGCUUAGCUCAACAGGGGGCAAUUACGAAAAGAAUGACCGCCAUUGAAGAGAUGGCAGGCAUGGAUGUGCUUUGCAGCGAUAAAACCGGAACUUUGACUCUGAACAAGCUGACCGUAGAUAAAAAUCUCAUCGAAGUGUUUGCAAAAGGAGUAGAUGCAGAUACAGUCGUUCUGAUGUCGGCUCGAGCCUCCAGAACCGAAAACCAGGAUGCUAUCGAUGCUGCAAUAGUCGGUAUGCUGGCUGAUCCGAAAGAGGCUCGUGCCGAUAUUCAAGAGCUUCACUUUUUGCCGUUUAAUCCUACCGAUAAGCGCACGGCAUUGACGUAUUUGGAUAAUCAGGGUAAAAUGCAUAGAGUCAGCAAAGGUGCUCCUGAGCAGAUCUUGAAUCUUGCACACAACAAAUCAGACAUAGAACGUCGAGUUCAUGCCGUCAUUGAUAAGUUUGCAGAGCGAGGGUUAAGGUCACUUGCUGUGGCAUACCAGGAAGUUCCGGAGGGACGGAAAGAGAGUCCCGGAGGACCAUGGCAGUUCAUCGGUCUCAUGCCUCUCUUUGAUCCACCACGACAUGAUAGUGCCGAGACAAUUCGAAGGGCUUUGAAUCUUGGAGUAAACGUUAAAAUGAUUACAGGGGAUCAAUUGGCGAUUGGGAAAGAAACCGGACGACGUCUCGGAAUGGGAACCAACAUGUAUCCUUCCUCUGCUUUGCUCGGACAAAACAAAGACGAGUCGAUUGCCGCUUUACCGAUUGACGAGCUCAUAGAGAAAGCUGAUGGUUUUGCCGGCGUUUUCCCGGAACACAAAUACGAAAUCGUAAAGCGUUUACAAGCUAGGAAACACAUAUGUGGAAUGACUGGAGAUGGAGUAAACGACGCUCCCGCUCUCAAAAAAGCCGAUAUCGGGAUUGCCGUGGCUGACGCAACCGAUGCAGCCCGUAGUGCCUCCGACAUAGUCCUCACCGAGCCCGGACUUAGUGUCAUUAUCAGUGCCGUUUUGACCAGUCGGGCCAUCUUCCAAAGGAUGAAAAAUUAUACGAUUUAUGCAGUUUCAAUCACCAUUCGUAUUGUGCUCGGUUUUAUGCUGCUGGCCUUGAUAUGGAGGUUCGACUUCCCGCCAUUCAUGGUUCUUAUCAUCGCAAUCCUUAACGACGGAACCAUAAUGACGAUAUCGAAGGAUCGAGUGAAGCCAUCUCCUCUUCCCGAUAGCUGGAAACUGGCGGAGAUUUUCGCUACUGGCGUCAUUCUUGGUAGCUACUUGGCCAUGAUGACGGUUAUAUUUUUCUGGGCGGCGUAUAAAACGGACUUCUUUCCGCGUACAUUUGGCGUGCCGACCCUCGAGAAAACGGCUCAUGAUGACUUCCGAAAGCUCGCUUCCGCAAUAUAUCUUCAAGUCAGCACGAUCAGCCAAGCCCUCAUUUUCGUGACUAGGUCUCGUAGCUGGUCGUUUGUUGAACGUCCCGGUUGGCUGCUUGUUAUCGCUUUCGGUAUUGCCCAAUUGAUUGCUACAUUAAUCGCGGUUUAUGCCAAUUGGAGCUUUGCGGCAGUCGAAGGAAUCGGAUGGGGAUGGGCCGGUGUUAUCUGGCUCUACAAUAUCGUCUUCUAUUUCCCGCUUGAUCUCAUAAAGUUCUUUAUCCGAUACGCUCUCAGCGGACGGGCCUGGGAUCUUGUCAUUGAGAGGAGGAUUGCAUUCACGAGACAAAAGGAUUUUGGGAAGGAACAACGUGAGCUCCAAUGGGCUCAUGCACAACGAACCCUUCAUGGGCUUGAAGUUCCCGACACCAAAAUGUUUGUCGACCGCACCAACGUCACCGAGCUCAACCAAAUGGCCGAGGAAGCCAAACGGAGAGCCGAAAUCGCAAGGUUGAGAGAAUUGCACACGUUGAAGGGUCAUGUUGAAUCGGUGGUUAGACUUAAAGGUCUGGACAUAGAAACGAUCCAGCAAGCGUACACCGUCUGAGACAGAGGUACACAUCUAAUAUCACAAUGUACAAGAACCAUGAGGAUCGAGACACGAUCGGCGUUAGUUUUCGAGUUACCUUUGAAACAGUCGUUUUUUCCUGCGGUUAUUUUUUUUUAUUUUUUUUCCGUCUUGGCUCGUGAUCCCGUACACUUGUGAACUGGGAAAAAGAGAACCUUUUAUGCUGUAAUUCGUUGUGCAUAUGAAGAAAGGCUUUUGGCUUCGUGGUUUUCGGGCUUUCUGCGCCUUCGGGUGCUGUUCGGAUUUGUACGUUUGUCACUUGCGAUCUCCGAAAUAUUUCAAUCAUCUAUUACAACU